AAUAAAUAGGAAAUAUGAAAUAUGUUGAUUAUUUCUAAACUUGGGUAUUCUCCGUGAGUCCAGGACCUUCUCAAACCUUCCUCUACCACUAAAAGAAAAUUCUCCAACCCAAAACAAAUCUUUGAAGAAGAAAAAGCUCUUACAACAGGAGUAAUUGAAAUUCUCAUUUCGUCUUGCUCAGCUGUUGAAAUCGGUCAAGUUAGAGAGAGAGAGGCUAGAUCCUAAUCUCAUGCCUCGUUUUCCUGCUCUUAUGCAUAAGCUCAAACCAGCCUUCUCGGCUUCAGGAUCAAACGGUAACAUGGUGAGUGCCAUAGUACCGAAGAAACUGGAGAAUAAGAACAAUGGCGAAAGAGAAACAAUAAAGAAGAUUGAGGAAUCGGUAGAGCCACUUGUUGCCUUCAGUAGACCACCACCACUUCCACCAUUUGUCGGUCCACUGGUCAUGUAUUCUCUUCUUCAAUCAUGGUCUAGCCGCGAUGAAGAUGGCUAGUUGCUGCGUGGAAUAUAUUUAUAAUAUAUAUAUAUAUAUAUAUAUAACUACAUGAAAUGUUUGCCUAAGUUUUCUUAACCAGAAUCUCUCAAUCUAGAUACUUACGGUGCCUUUUAGCAUAAUCUUGUGAUAUAUAUAUAUAUGUCCUGAUUUUCAUCUGAGAUAAUAAAAGGUUUGAUGUUGUCUAUAGUAAAUCAACCAUU